AACGCACAAAUCACUUGUCUAUCAGGAUACAGACGAAAUGGCCGAGCGCACAAAACAGGAGGCUGUUGCAGACGCUGUCGCAUUGGCAAACAUAGAACAAGAACUCAAUCUCCCCAAAUCAGCAGCAGACGGACUCAUCAAAAAACCAUUCGGACACCCAGCAGCAGGCGUAAAAAUCCCCUCGGCGGCAGAACUAACAGCAGAUCAGACGAAGAAAUACGACGAAGUACUCAAAACCGUUUCGGGAUUUACAUCUGUCCCGACGAGUCCUGCAAAGAAUGCGAGUGAAUCGCCGCUAACCGAUGACGAGCGCAUGUUCCUCACACGCGAAUGUCUGCUUCGAUUCCUGCGAGCGACGAAAUGGAAUGUUGCGGACGCCAUUAAACGGAUCCGGUCAACAUUGGCCUGGCGAAGGGAUUACAUCAGCGAUAAAUUGACGGCAGAUUACAUCUCCAUUGAGAACGAGACGGGCAAACAGAUCCUUGAAGGGUAUGAUGUUGAUGGUCGUCCAUGUUUGUAUCUGCUACCUUCGCGACAAAACACGCAAAAGAGUCCCAGACAAAUUGAGCAUCUGGUGUUUAUGUUGGAGCGGGUGAUUGAUUUGAUGCCUGCUGGACAAGAGAAUUUGGCGCUUGUGGUGAAUUUCAAUGAGACAAAGUCCGGUCAGAACGCUACGAUAGGACAGGCGAAACAGACGUUGGAUAUUUUGCAGAAUCAUUAUCCGGAGAGACUGGGUCGUGCUCUUGUCAUUAAUGUACCCUGGAUAAUCUGGGGCUUCUUCAAAAUAAUCACCCCCUUCAUCGACCCCGUCACCGUGCAGAAACUCAAAUUCAACGAAGAUUUACGCGAACACGUUCCCCCGUCACAGUUACUCUCCUCUUGCGGCGGCGAUGUCCAAUUCGAAUACGAUCAUUCCGUCUACUGGCCUACUCUAAACAAACUUGCGGACAACCGCCGACAACAAAUGCGAGAACGCUGGGUUCGAGCCGGCCGACAUAUUGGGGAGUCGGAGUUUUAUCUUCGUGGCGGUACGGAAAAGAGUCUAUUUGCGGCAUGAGUAGUGGUGUCUUCGGUGUGCAUUUCUGCAUCUUAAUGCAAUACUAAUACAGAGUAGAUUCUAUAUAAUCAUAGAGUUGGCUUACGUGGGGGGUGGGGGCAUAAGAGCCCUCUUUUCGGUUUUUGAUGUUUUGACGUUUUUGAUAUUGUGUACAAUACCCCGGAUCAAUUGAUCUCUAUGAUCUACGACUUCAUGAAUAUAUAUGUUCCCCUUUGAU